AGACUGUGACAAACAUAGUUAUAUAAGACUAUCAUUUUUUUUUUAAAAAAAUAAAUAAAUAAAAGAAAUGAAAAAAACUUUAGGGUGUUAGCUUGUUUAUUUAUUUUUAUGCACGCUGAAACAAGAAUACAACUCAUUUCUCACUCUCACACCUUUGUCACUGCCACUUUCUCUACUUCUCUCUCUCUUUUUUGGUUCCUCACUUUUUUCUCCUGUGUGUACCGCUUGCUCUGAAAGCACACCAUUGUUACUUAUUUCUAACCGUUAUCUAAGCUUGCUUUAUCCAUGGCUGUUUUAGCUUUUCUAGUGCUUAUUCUGGCUAUGACUGCCCAUACAAGUAGUGCGAAUUGGUGUGUAUGCAAGAGUGGAUUAAGUGAGGGAAUGUUACAGAAGACACUGGACUAUGCUUGUGGGGCUGGCGCUGACUGUAACCCCAUCCACACAAAUGGGGUUUGUUACAACCCAAACACUGUUCUUGCUCACUGCAAUUAUGCUGUAAACAGCUAUUUCCAGAAGAAGGGCCAGGCUCAAGGCGCAUGUGAUUUUGCCGGAACUGCUUCGUUGGCUACUUCUGACCCUAGUACAACUGGUUGCAGUUACCCUUCUUCAGCCAGCUCAAGCACCAGUACUACUCCAGUGUCAAGUACAACACCAUCCACUAGCACUGGCACGAACACGGGCACAGGAACCGGCACAGGCACCGGCACCACGCCAUCCAGCACCGGGACACCAUCGACCACAUCCCCAUACAGCACAACCCCAUCCACCGGGGUGCUAGGAGGAGGAAUGGGAGGUGGCAUGGGCCCCACAGGACAGGGCAUUAACACAGAUGAAAGUGGUGGGUUUAGACUAGCUAAGACUAGUGUGUUCUCUUCCUUGGUGACCUUAUUCAUUUCAGGUUUGAUGCUCUGUUUGGGUUAAAAAGUAAGUUUAGGGAUGAUGGAUGAUGUGGGGUAGGGAGGACGGAGGCUAGUCUGCUGAUGCUGCUGGAUUUUCAAUGUGCACAGGUUGUUUAUGCAUGUGAUUCUGCUGUUGUUUUGUAGGUGUUCAAAUCUAAAAAAAGACAACCUUUUUCUUAAUUAUUUAUUUUAACUAUUUAUUAUUAAUAUUUCUUCACUAUUUUUGUAUUUUGUCUUCUAUCAUCAUCAUCAUCCUACAUGGGAAAUUAAGAUGGGUUUUUGAUUCCUUUUUGGUGGUGUCUGCUUAGUGGAAUGUGGGAAAAGAAGCAAAGGGUUCAAGUUUCUCUAGUUGUUUCUCCAACUUUGUCAUCGCUUUUUGUACAUCUAGAUCUUUAAGAGGGUAGUUAUCUAUUAAUUUGUAUGGAGAAACUCAAAACUUUUUUAUGUUACUCUUGUAAUGCCCCUCAUUUAACUUGUUAUCUAUUUAGAAAUGGAUUUCUAGUA